UCGAGAGAAAAACAGAGUUGUGAUCAAAUUGAAUUAGAAAUUUCGUUAUUUUUGAGGGGAAAGAGAUGAGCGAAAUCGUGUUAUUGAUAGAUGAUUUGAGAUCAUCAUCAUCAUCGUCUCCUUCUUCUUCUUCUUCAGCAGCAUCCAAAAUUUGCAGAAUUUGCCACGAAGAAGAAUUUGAGAGCUGCCAAACUCUCGAGACUCCUUGUGCUUGCUCUGGCUCUGUAAAGUUCGCACACAGAGAUUGCGUGCAGAGAUGGUGCGAUGAAAAGGGAAACACAACUUGUGAAAUUUGUUUACAGAAAUUUGAACCGGGUUACACAUCUCCACCCAAAAAAGUACAGCUAAUUGAUGCAACUGUGACAAUAAGGGUGAGUUUGGAAGUGCCAAGAAACGAGCAAGAAGAUGAAAAUGAAACAGAGUGUGAAGAUGGAGAUAAUAGAAGCUCUUCAUUUUGCAGAACACUGGCUUUAAUUUUCACAGCUCUGCUUUUAACAAGACACUUGUUUGCUGUUGUAAGUGGAGCAGGCGAUUACCCUUUUUCACUUCUUACGGUGUUUAUAGCCAAGGCAAGUGGUAUAGUAGUUCCCAUGUACAUACUCAUCCGGAUAUUAGCAGCAUUACAGACCAACAUUAGGCAUCAUUAUCAGAAUGCAGAUACUGAUUCAAACUCCGAUGAUGAUGAUGAUGAAAAUGAAGAGCAGCGGCAUAGUAGCAUCCACACACAAGUUUGACCUAUUCUUCUACCAUUGUGUAUUCUUCUCUCUUUUCCAUCCUUCUUCUAUGUAUACAGAUGAAGAUAUAAAAAAGCCUUACAGAAACAUAAUGAAAAUGGUUGAUUUUUUUGCUGAAUAAUAUUGAAAUGUGA